AUGACGGCAACCGAACAGCAACAAGAUGACUUCUCAAACGUCUCGUGGAGCGAGCACGUCCACGACCAACAAACUCGCAGCGUUCCCGACGCCGAAGAACCAGGCCAUGACAUGAAUGCGCCUGGCACAGGCCUCGAAAGAGACGCCCCCUCGCUGGGAAACGAGAAGCUAGAGUGUACCGUUGAUACCCCCAUCAAGGAAAAUGACGGCACCAAGGAUGCUUUUGUCUCGUACCUCAUCACCACACACUCUACAUUCUCCUCCUUCCAGCGCUCUACUACCACUGUCCGCCGUCGUUUCACAGACUUUGUCUUUCUCUACAAACAGCUCACCCGCGACUAUCCCGCCGCCGCCGUGCCCCCUCUGCCCGACAAGCAGCGCAUGGAGUACGUCCGCGGCGAUCGCUUCGGCUCAGACUUUACCGCCCGCCGCGCCAACUCCCUCCAGCGCUUCCUCAGCCGCUUGUCCCUACACCCCACGCUGCGCCGCGCCCCGAUCCUGCACACCUUCCUCGAGAGCCCCGACUGGAAUGCUACCAUGCGCAGCCGCGGAUCGCGAGUGAGCUCUGCUAGCGAUCCCGGAUCUGCCGGUGUGUUUGAUAACUUUGCGGAUACCUUUAUCAACGCUUUUACAAAGCUGCAUCGGCCAGAUAGGCGCUUUCUUGAGGUCAAGGAGAAGAGCGAUAAGCUUGAUGACGAUCUGGGACAUAUUGAAAAGGUCAUUGCGAGAGUUGCGAGGCGAGAGACAGAUUUGGAGGUGGACUACCGUGAUCUCGCAGAGCAGUUCCAAAAGCUCAUUCCUCUCGAACCCCACGUUGAACCAGCAGUUCACGGCUUUUCUGCCUCCAUCGAGGACACAGCGAGUCACCUACGCAAACUAAAGGACAUGACCGACCAAGACUACCUCGGAUCUCUACGAGAUAUGCAAGCCUACUCCAUCGCCCUCAAGAACCUCCUCAAGGCCCGAGAGCAGAAACAGCUCGACUACGAACAACUAACCGAAUACCUCAACAAGUCCACAACCGAGCGCGACACUCUUCAGUCAGGCCACGGCGGCGGUUCCGGCGCAGGAAGCUUUCUACGUGCCAAGAUCGAAGAUGUCCGCGGCGUAGACCACGAGCAAGCCCGUCGCGAACGCACCCGCAAGCUAGAACUCCGCGUCGAAGAGCUCACGCACGAGGUUGAAAGUGCACGUAAGACGAGCGACAUGUUUGACGACGAGGUAGUCAAGGAAGUAGCCGAUUUCGAGCGCAUCAAGAGGAUCGAGAUGAAGGCCCAGCUGGGUAGUCUGGCGGACUCGCAUAUCGAGUUUUACGGAGAAGUAGCGAGUAUUUGGGAGAAGUAUGUUGAGGAGAUGGAGAAGCAGGGUAUCACGAGCGCUUAG